CGACCAAGUUCUUUCAAAGGAUUGACUUACUCGUGAAACUCUUAAAAGUCGAGACACAACUCGAACUGCUUGCCGACCUAUAGUUUUUAUUUUCCUCCAACAGCACAGACAGAAUAUUUUAAAAUGACCAAGGCUCAGAUUGCCGAUCUCAUUAAGCAAGUUACAUCCGAUACCGCUUCUAUCGAUGAGCGCCGUGCAGCUGCUAGUGAUCUCGCCGGUCUUGUCAAGACCGUCGGUAUCUCUGCCGGCCUCAUUGAUGCUGGGGUUCUUGCAUCCCUCAAAACUGCCACUGAAAACAAAAAGUCUGUUAAUGCCCGUGAGGGUGCACUUUUUGCUUACAAGGAGCUUGCUGACAAACUUGGCUACCCUGCUGAGCCAUACCUCGUUCCUGAGCUCACUUCCAUCCUUAAUGGCUAUGGUGACAAGGUUGCCUCUGUCCGUGAGGCUGCCGAAGUUGCAGCUAGUGCACUAAUGGCUCUUCCUGGACGUUUCUCGGUUAAGCUACUCGUGCCUGUUUUGCUAAACAAUUUGUCCAACGAAAAGAAAUGGCAAACCAAGAUUGCUGCUCUCAAAUUUCUUGGAAACCUCACAAAGACCUCGGCCACUCAAGUGUCCCGCUGUCUGCCCGAGAUCAUUCCAGCUGUAUCCGAUUCCAUGUGGGCCACUAAACCCGAGGUCAAGGUUGCAGCUCACGAAUGCAUGACUCAGGUUUGCGGUGUUCUUGAAAACAUUGACGUUGUACCGUUCUUGCCUGCUCUUAUCAGCUGUAUUGCUCGUCCCGAGGAGGUCCCCGAAUGUGUUUACAAGCUUGCUUCUACCACCUUUGUGCAGCAAGUUGAAGCCCCAACUCUCUCCAUCAUGGUUCCUUUGCUUGUGCGUGGUCUUGCCGAGCGCAAACCUGCAGUUCUUCGUCAAACUGCUGUGAUUAUCGACAAUAUGUGCAAGCUUGUCGAGAACCCUGCAGAUGCCCAUCAGUUUUUGCCCAAACUCAUGCCUGGUCUUGAUCGUAUUAUUGAGAUUGCUGCCGAUCCUGAACUCCGUAGCGUUUCAACUAAUGCUCGUGCUACCAUGAUCCGUGUUGGUGGUGGUGCCGAUGUUCAUAUUGAGGAUCCAGAAGCUGUUGCAAAGCGUUUGGCCGAGGAACACGCUCAAACCAUUGCCUUGGUCAAAAAGUCUAUCUCUGCCGUGUCCAAGGACAAGGUUGACGAGCCCACUGUUGACUAUGUUGCAUCGCUCUUGUAUGUCAUGUACGACACUCAUGUGCUCGAUUUGCCCGACUUUAUCCAUACCGUCGUUCCCUUUAUUGGUCCCGUUAUUGGCGAGGCCAAGGCCAAGGAAGUUGCCAAGCCAUUGCUUGCUCACUUUGUUGAGAUGGACAAGAAGCGCCAAAAGCAGUCCAACGAAGAGGUUAUUGACGAGGGUGAAGAGCUUUGCAACUGCGAGUUCUCCCUUGCUUAUGGUGGUAUGAUUUUGCUCAACAACACCAAAUUCCGUCUUACUCGUGGCAAGGUCUACGGUCUUUGCGGUCCCAACGGUGUUGGUAAAUCUACUCUUAUGCGCGCCAUUGCCAAUGGACAACUUGAAGGUUUCCCACCUGCAGACGAACUCAAAACUGUUUUUGUCGAGCAUAACUUGCAGGCAUCUGAUGCCGAUCUAUCUGUGCUUGAGUUUUGUCUAAGUGAUGCAAAGUUUGAGAGCACUGCUGUCAGCAAUACCCUCAAAUCUGUCGGUUUCGACGAAGAUCGUCUUGCUCAGGCUGUCGGCUCCCUUUCUGGUGGCUGGAAGAUGAAGCUUGAACUUGCUCGAGCUAUGCUUGAAAAUGCAGAUAUUUUGCUUCUUGAUGAACCCACUAAUCAUUUGGAUGUGAGCAACGUCAAAUGGCUCGAGGACUAUCUUAACAACAUUCCUAAUGUCACAUCGCUCGUUGUUUCUCACGACUCGGGUUUCCUUGAUCGCGUCUGCACUCAUAUUAUCCACUACGAAAACCGUAAACUCAAGACAUACAGGGGUAAUCUAUCCAAGUUUGUGGAGCAGCGUCCAGAGGCUCGUUCUUACUAUGAGCUUUCUGCCACCCAGUUUUCUUUCAAAUUCCCAGAGCCCGGUUUCCUCGAAGGCAUCAAGUCCAAGGACAAGGCCAUUCUUAAGAUGCAGCGCAUCAAGUUUACCUAUCCAGGUGCCACCAAGCCCUCAUUGCAAGACGUAUCCCUACAAUGUUCGCUCAAUUCCCGUGUUGCUUGCAUUGGUCCCAACGGUGCUGGUAAAUCUACCAUGAUCAAAGUUCUUACCGGAGAAGUGAUUCCCGAAAGCGGUGAAGUAUGGAAACAUCCUAAUCUGCGUGUUGCCUACGUUGCCCAGCACGCCUUCCAUCACAUUGAACAGCAUUUGGACAAGACUCCAAAUGAGUAUAUUCGCUGGCGUUUCCAGUAUGGUGAGGAUCGUGAACUCCUUGCCAAGGCUUCGCGUCAAAUGACAGAAGAGGACCAAAAGCAAAUGCUCAAGGUCGUUGUUAUUGAAGCCGAAAAGUACCAAAUCGAGGCGAUUAUGGGCCGUCGUAAGGCCAAGCGUUCAUACGAGUAUGAGCUUAAAUUCAUCAACAAGCCCCACGAUGAUAACCAAUGGGUGUCUCGUGAGAAGCUUGAAGACUGGGGUUUUGAAAAGAUUAUCCAGGCAUUUGAUGACAAAGAGGCUGCAAAGGAGGGGGCUUACUCUCGUCCCCUUACAGCAGCUAAUGUUGAGAAGCACUUGAAGGAUGUUGGUCUUGAUCCCGAGUUUGCAUCACAUUCGCGUAUGCGUGGUCUUUCUGGUGGCCAAAAGGUCAAGGUUGUGUUGGGUGCCUGUAUGUGGAACCAACCUCACAUGCUUGUUCUUGACGAGCCGACCAAUUAUCUUGAUCGUGACUCGCUCGGUGCUCUUGCAGGUGCUAUUACCGAUUUUGGUGGUGGUGUUAUCAUUAUUUCUCACAAUGCCGAGUUCACUGAUGCCUUGUGUCCCGAAAAGUGGAACGUGGUAGAUGGCCGCCUCAGCAUCACUGGUGCCAAGAAGGAGAUGAUUGUUGAAAAGAUUGAGCUCAAGGAGCAAGAAACAGUGACCGAUGCAUUUGGCAACGUGACCAAGGUCAAGAGCAAGAGGAAGCUGACUCGCAAGGAACUCAAGGCAAAAGAGAAGAGAAUCGCCCAAAAGAUCAAGGAUGGCGAAGCACUCAACUCUUCUGAUGAAGAUUUCUAAUCUUUUAAUUUGACAGAUCUAUUUUUGGUUGGCAGUCAUUUCAGCAACUACACUACCUGUUUCGCCUCAAUCUAUUAACUGUCUUUCAAACAUCAUUCUCUUCAUCCAAUUUUUAUUCUCUCAAUCACUCCUUAAAUGGUGGGGAAAUAAACACUUGUCUCUUGAAUUGGUU